AUGGGACCAUCGUCCCCGCUCCCGUGCUGGCUCCCCGGCCCGGCCCGGCUCGGCUCCGCUCGGCUCGGCCCCGCCCAGCUGCGCGCUCACCUACGCAUAUUUUAUGCUAAUGAGCAGGUGCAGCAGUUCUUGAGGCGCGCGGCAGGUCGCUCGGGGAUGAUCCGGAUGGAGCAGCGCAGGGAGCAGCGGGAGUCCAGCCGGAGGGUUUUCACCAGGGGGAAAGCUGCAGCGGGAACAAACCUCUCCUUGUUCUUUGUGUCCCAGCAGCGGGAGCAGCAGGAUAAAGCAGCAGAAAUGGGACACCGCUUCCCAGGGAGGGCAGGACCUCCAGGCAGCAGCUGCUGCGUUAGAAACCAACACGUCUUCCUCCAGUGGUUCUCUGGUCAGCCGGACCGCUGCGUCCAAUCCGAUGUCCUCAAGCAGGGAGACCAAUCACCAACCAGCACAGCAUCAGCCAGCGAACCACAAACCACCACAACACAAACCAGCCAAUCAGCAACCACCACAACACAAACCAGCCAAUCAACAACCAGCACAACAUUAGACAGCCAAUCAUCAGGCAGCACAACGCAAACCAGCCAAUUACCAACCAGCACAGCAUCAGCCAGCCAAUCACCAACCACCACAACACAAACAAGCAUAUCACCAACCAACAUAACUUCAGCCAACAAAUCAUCAGGCAGCACAACCCUAACAAGCCAAUUACUAACAAGCACAUCAGCCAGCAAAUCACCAACCACCACAACACAAACCAGCCAAUCACCAACCAGCACAGCAUCAGCCAGCAAAUCACCAACCACCACAACACAAACCAGCCAAUUACCAACCAGCACAGCAUCAGCCAGCAAAUCAUCAGGCAGCACAACCCAAACCAGCCAGUCACCAACCAGCACCACAUCCCCCAGCGAACCACCAACCACCACAACACAAACCAGCCAAUCACCAACCAGCACAACAUUAGCCAGCAAAUCAUCAGGCAGCACAACGAAAACCAGCCAAUUACCAACCAGCACAGCAUCAGCCAGCAAAUCAUCAGGCAGCACAAGGCAAACCAGCCAAUUACUAACAAGCACAACAUCAGCCAGCGAACCACCAACCACCACAACACAAACCAGCCAAUCACCAACCAGCACAGCAUCAGCCAGCAAAUCAUCAGGCAGCACAACGCAAACCAGCCAGUCACCAACCAGCACAAUAUCAGCUAGCAAAUCAUCAGGCAGCACAACCCAAACCAGCCAAUCACCAACCAGCACAGCAUCAACAAAAGUCAGCCCAACACCAACAAAGAAGGCAGAACCAAGCCAGUCACCAACCAGUAUAGCAAAAUCCAGCCAAUCACCAACCAACACAGUGCCAGCCAGCCAAUCACCAGGCAUCAGUGCACCAGCCAAGACCUUAUCUGACCAUUCAGCAGGCAGUAAUACCAAACCUAGCCAAUCCUUAUCCAGCCAAACACCACUGAGCCAAUCAACAAAUGGCUCAAAAACACCAAACCAAUCAUCACUCACCGCAACGUCUUCCAACCAAUCACCAACCCAUUUGAUACCAGCUAAUCAAUCCAUAAGCAGCUCGGAAACAUCACAGCACACGUCAUCCAGUUUUACAUCACUCAACCAAUCCCUGACCAGCUCAGUGCCAUCGAGCCAAUCACCACCCGGUUCACCAGGAACAGCAGUCAGCGGAGAAGAGCGUCCACUUAACAUUUCACAGCUCGCCAGGCAGGCGAAGGAAGCCCCGAGGUCGUCGAUUCGUAGGAUUCAAGAGCCGUGUGUGUUUCCGUGUCUGAACGGAGGACAGUGCGUCCAGCCGGAGUCCUGCGACUGCAGCUUGUAUCAGGCCACCGGACACAGGUGUCAGACAGUUCCGAAUCCUGGCUUUGAACGGGAGAUGACGUGUCGGACGUGGGGUCAGUACAACUUCGAGACCUUUGACGGCCUCUACUACCAUUUCCCCGGUCGAUGCACGUACACUCUGCUGAAGGACUGUGAGGAAACGGCCCAGGCCAGCAUCGUCGUCCAGGUCCACAAUGACCCGGGCUGCAGCUCGGCGCCCUACAGCUGCCAACGAUCUGUGAGCCUCUUCCUCCCGUGGGACGGGGAGGUCCGUCUGCACGCCACCAACGUGACCUUCAAGGGCCAAAGUUUGCAGCUGCCCAAUCACAUCCACGACCUGCAGCUGGAGCAGAUCUCUCAGUACGUCCUGGUGACGCAGCAGCACGGCUUCACGCUGGCCUGGGAGGGGCGCAGCGGCUCCGUCUACAUCAAACUCAGCCCCGAGUUUGUGGGCCGCACCUGCGGCCUGUGUGGGAACUUCAACGCGGACGUCCAGGACGACCUGAAGACCAGUUAUGGCUUGCUGACUCAUGAAAUAGAGAUGUUUGGGAACAGCUGGGUGGAGACGGAGCCACACGAGGCCCGAUGUCCCAUGGUGCUCUCUGGCUUCUCCUCACCCUGUGCGGCAGUCGAAGCUCAUGUCCUGCUGAAAGUGAAGGAGGUGUGUGCUCUGAUGCUGGAUCCGCCAUUUCAGAGCUGCCACGACUUUGUCAGCCCGCUGUCCUACAUGGCCAGCUGCUCCAACGACCUCUGCAUGUCGGGUCCCAGCGGUGAUGUGGUAUGCCAGGUGUUGAGCGAGUACGCCCGGGCCUGUGCCCACGCUGACCACCCACUGCACGACUGGAGGCAGCACAUUCCUCAGUGUGCGAAGCAAUGUCCCCUUGGUCUGCAGUACAGGGAAUGCAUCAGCUGCUGCCCGGCGUCCUGCAACAUGGAGCGGACAUGCAUCGACAGCAAGCUGGCCUGCCUGGAUGGAUGCUACUGUCCCGAUGGUCUGAUCUACGAGGACGGAGGCUGUGUGACACCCUCUGACUGUCCCUGCGAGUACCACGGCAUGUUUUAUCCAUCUGGACAGAUGCUGCAGGAGGAAUGCAACAACUGCACAUGCGUGGGUGGAGUGUGGAACUGCACCGACUACAGCUGCCCAGGCGAGUGCUCGGUGACUGGCGAUAUGUAUUUUCAGUCCUUCGACGGGCGGAUCUACACCUUCCCUGCAACGUGUCACUAUGUCCUCGCCAGGAGUCGCCACUCGGGGAAGUUCACAGUCACGGUCCAGAACGCCCCCUGCGGAGCCAAUUUGGAUGGGGCCUGCAUCCAAUCAGUUAACCUGGUGAUUGACGAGGAUCCAAGAACGGAGAUUACACUGAGCCACGUUGGCGAGGUCUUCAUGGCCGGACAGUACCGCAUCUCCCUGCCGUACUCUGACGACGUCUUCCACAUCCAGGAGCUAUCGUCCAUGUUCCUCCAGGUGAAGACGGCCUUCGGCCUGCGUCUGCAGUACAGCUGGACGGAGUUCCGCCUCUACCUGCAGGCCGACGAGCGUUGGAAGGACGACACGGUGGGCCUGUGCGGCACCUUCAACGGCAACAUCCAAGAUGACUUCCUAUCUCCGUCAGGGAUGAUAGAAAGCACUCCCCACCUGUUUGGAAACGCCUGGAGGGUCUCGUCGGCGUGCUCGACCAGCCUGAGUGCGCCUCAGCUCGACCCCUGUGACACACACCAGCAGGCCGUGACCUAUGCCUCGGAGAUGUGUGACGUGCUGAACCAGGAUCUGUUCUCCGCGUGCCACGAGUACCUCAGCCCGGCAUCCUUCCACCAGCAGUGUCGCUCGGACACCUGUAAGUGCGGGACGCCCUGCCUGUGCUCCGCGCUGGCCCACUACGCCCGCCACUGCCGCGGAUUCUCCAUCGUCGUUGACUUCCGAUCGCAGAUAUCCGACUGUGCGGCCCUCUGUCCCGACGGCAUGCAGUACGGCAGCUGUGUGUCGUCCUGCCAGCGCCGCUGCUCCGCCCUCUCCGUCCCGCAGCACUGUGGGGAGGAGUGUGAGGAGGGCUGUGUGUGCCCCCACGGAUCCUUCUACAACCAUCGGACACACACCUGCGUGCACAGGAGCGAGUGUCCCUGCAGCUUGCUGGGAACCGAUUACGAACCAGGAGACGUGAUCAUGACGUCAGCAGGUGUUCAACUCUGCCUGAACGGUAAACUGGUGUCCCAGGCAACCAACGGGGGUAAGAUGCUGCUCACGUUGAUGAUAGUGGGUGAAGGUGAAAACCAGGCCAACAUCCUCCCGUCUGUCCCGGUCUUUUACACUGUGGCUGGCGUCACUCACCCGGGGGGGCAGCUGCAUCCGGCCACGCAGGGCUCGUGGGUCGAGCAGGUGAGGUUGAGCAGCUUGCUGAAACAUGGAGACGAGUGCUUUGAACCUGCCUCCUGCCCCUGUCUUUGGAAAGGAAAGGAGUAUUACCCCGGCGACAGAGUCUCCUCCCCCUGCCAUCAGUGUGUUUGCCAGCACGGGACGUUCCAGUGUGUGUUUCGUCCGUGUCCAUCCAUGUGCACGGCUUACGGUGACCGCCACUACCGGACGUUUGAUGGACUGCUGUUUGACUACGUUGGUGCAUGCAAAGUCUAUCUUGUGAAGAGCAGCGGGGACGUGAUGCUCGGUGUAACGGCCGAGAACGUCGACUGUUUCGACAGCGGACUCAUCUGCAGGAAGUCUCUGCUGAUCAACAUCGGCAGAUCCUUCGUAGCAUUCGAUGAUGACUCUGGGAAGCCAAAUCCGUCCAGUGUGAUUGACAGGAAGCAGAGGAUGUUCAUGUGGCCAGCCGGGUACUUCACAGUGGUCCAUUUCCCUGAUGAAGACGUCACCGUCCUCUGGGACCGCAAGACCACCGUCCACAUCCAGGUCGGACCUCGCUGGCAGGGGAAGCUAAGUGGGCUGUGCGGGAACUUCGACAUGAAGACUGUGAACGAGAUGCGGACGCCGGACAACAUCGACUCCCCGACUCCGCAGGAGUUUGGAAACAGCUGGACCGCCGCAGAGGUGAGAGAAACGCUGCCUGCAUGAUCAUCAACCUUGGUAAAUGUUACAACUGAGUAGUAGUGUGUUAUAAUCACCGCUGUUUUUCUUAACCCUCAUGUUGUGGACGUUACCUGGUUCUACACCAACUGCCUGGCGGACACGUGCGCCUGCAGCCGUGGGGGCGACUGCGAGUGUUUCUGCACCAGCGUGGCGGCCUACGCCCAGCGCUGCUGCCACCAGGGCGUCCCCGUGGACUGGCGCUCCCCGUCCCUGUGCCCGUAUGACUGUGAAUUCUACAACAAAGUUCUGGGUAAAGGUCCCUUCAGGCUGAUCACCUUCAGGGACCGGGCCACGCUGUUGGCGGCCAGCAGCUCCAGCGGCUCGGUGUUCCUGCAGUGGGGCAACCUCAGCUUCGCCGCCCCCCCCGGAGUCCUCUCGCGGUUCAUGAUGACGCCGGGCCUCAGCAGAGCGCGACCACACGACACAUCGCGGGUUUCCUUCGAGGCGGCCGAGCGACCAAACUACUUUCUGCAUGCGAGCCCGAGCGGCCAGGUGAGGCUGGCCAAGUGGGAGGAGAGCGAGGCAUUCUGGGACGGAGCCACGUUCGUGCUCCACAGGAACACCUGGAUCCCCGGGUACGACUCGCUGGAGUCCCACGCAAAGCCCGGCUUCUUCCUGCACGUCACGCUGGCCCGCCUCCACCUGCUCAAGUACAGACACAUCGACAGCUUCCGCAAGGCCACGCUGUUCAGACUGACGGGCCCCAGCCCGGAUGCCCCGCCCGGUCCACGUUGUCAGUGGCGGUACGAUUCCUGCGUCGUCCCCUGCUUCAAGACCUGCAGCGACCCAUCAGCUGACGCCUGCGUCACCAUCCCACAAGUGGAGGGCUGCCUUCCCGUCUGCCCCCCACACAUGGUCCUUGAUGAGGUCACCCGUCGGUGUGUCUUUCUUGAAGAUUGCAUUAAGCUCCCAGUUGCUGUGCAGCCUGUGACUCCAUCCGCUGCUCAGCUGACCUCUGCAGCUGUCACUUUUGCAACCACGGAAAGCACUGCUGCCUCCACCACACCCCUCCAGACCUCCAUCACCACCAUGGCUUCCUCAGGCCCUCCACACACUGGCCCCACUGCUAAAAUCACCACCACUGCUCCUGCCGUGAGCACACAGACGUCCUCAUUGGAGGUCAAGCCGACCCGCCCAGUCACCGUCUCUCCUUCCGCAGCUGCUAAACUUUCCACAACAGCAGGACCCCCAUCUCCUCCAACAGAGCCCCCCGUUGUCAGGCCAGAGGUGGAGGAGCCUCUUUCCACUGUCGGCGUGACUGAAGUCUCGUUGACCACCACUGUCGCAGGUACAACAGCAAGGAUGACCAUGGGCCCCAGCACGUCCGGGCUGAGCAGCACUCCCUACUCCGUCACGUCUCUAUUCUGGCUCACUUCCUCCACCAAGCCCACCCACUUCCCCCAUCCACUCUUCACCACCACUGCCACCCCCCUUCAGCCAUCUCCAAUGACAGCACUGACCACAAGCUCUGUCGAAGGGUCAACCACCAUAACAACCCCUCCUCCUGUUGUCGCACAAACAACCAAAGAGAUCACAGAGCCUACAACACAUUUGGCAGCAGUCACUCCGAUUGGAACCACUUCUAGUCCAAGUCUUGUUCCAGUCUAUGAGACGUCUACAGUUACAGACAGGACUACUUUAACCAGCACAGCUACCACUGCAUACACAGACACCAGCACAACGCCGGUAACAGUGGAACAACGUCGCCCAACGACAACCACACCCAUCCCUUCCGGUUUACCAAGCACAGCCUCACCAACCUCAGCUCCUGUGGAAUCAGGAGCUGUGUCUUUGACUACAGUUGCUUCACCUAAAACCACAGAAUCAGUCACACCAGUCUCACUAUUCAUCACCAGUAAAACAACACCGUACAUAAGUCCAGAGACAACAUCGCCGCCGGCUACCAUAGAGACAAUUCUGCACACCACUCCCGCUGAACUGAAGACUUCUACAACAACCGUUCCUGAGAUACCAACGUCAACCCUGGUCCAUGUUGCGCCUACUACACCCGCACCCUCUGCUCCUACUUCAGCCGGACUGGAGUGGAAAACAACAACAGAGAAAGUGACCAUACUUGAGUCAACUGUUUUUGAAAUACCUAUAGCAACCACAACGGCUGCACCUCCAUCUCCAAAGAUUACAGACACCACAACUUCUCCUUUGUCCAAAUCCACACCCUAUACCGAGAGAACCUCCUGGUCUGCUGCGGUCCCAACGGUGGAGACAACCACUCAGACCACAACUCCAAGACAUCCAGAAAUUCCAGGGAUGUCCACCAUGUCCACCGGUCCUCAUGUCACAACGAAACAAACGGUGACACCAGUGUUUCCUACAGAAACCACCGCUGUGCCACAUUUACCAAAAACAGAGAGCUCCACCCAUCCUACGUCUACUGUGCGUACCUCAGAGCUGUGGCAUUGGGAGACCUCCUCCACUGCAGUCCACAGCCCCACAGUGAAGACUACACCAGGGCUCACUUCUGAAACUGUCAUCCAUUAUGUCACUUCUACGAAAACUACCGAAGUGCCUCAUCUUCCUGUGACGUCAAAGCCAAUUGUCACCUCUGCAACAUCGGCCGCUACAACAGCCAAAACCACAACGUCUCCUGAAAUCUCAACUGCAGAAUUUAUUACCACCACAACCAGGCAACCGGCUACACCCUCGCCUUCACCUGCACCAGGUUUUGCCGACACACUUCUCACCACCAUCCCCACAAGAGCUCCACCAGGUGUUGUCACCACCACGCUCAGACCCAUCGUUCUGCAGCCCAUUACCGAGGCGACACAUCCGGCGACCGGCAGAGUGGAUGUGUCGUCGAGAGCUACAACCACGUCACCUCCGUCUGGAUCUCCGCUGCACACAACUACUUCCACCGCAGCUCCGAGGCCAACGGCUGUCCAGGAAAAAGUCACCACCCGGCUGGUGUCCACCGCAAGAGCUACUCCUGCUACUACAACUACAACCGUCGCACGCACGACCACCGUCAGAACAACACCCAGAGUUCCCAUCACAACAACAGUUACACCCAGAAUCACGUCGACUGAGAGCUCAACCGUCAGGCCGGUCACUGCAAGGGUUACCAUAGGAACAAGGCCCCCAGCAGUAAUCUCCAGAUCAACCACUCUCGGCCCACCGACUGUCACACCGAGCCCUGGCAUGACAACGACGUCAGGAGUGGCGCCUACAACUGUCCCAACGUCCGCCGAGUCGUUCACCACAGCCGGCGUGACUGAACGCGUCGACACAAGCGGAGAAGUUACCACCGUAACCGUAUCUUCAGCCGUCCCCACGACAACCGCCGGAGAGUCAGCCGCAUCUGAAAAAACCCUGACAACCAAAAAGAGUAAAGUGUCGCCAUCCACAUCCCAAGCGGUGACGCCUCCACCUGAAACACACCUGAUCUCCACCCAGACGCCUGGUGUUCCCACUCCGACCUCACUCCCAGGAGCCAUCUUGGUCCAAACUGAGCAGGACAGAGUCGAUCGCACCAGUCCAGGUGCGACGACGCCUCAUGCACCGGCGUCGCCAUACACACUACUGGAAACGACCAGACACGCAGAGGGCACAACAUCGUUGGCUGUGUCAUCUACAAGAAUGUGCACCCCUCCGUAUGCAGAGAUUGUGGAUGAAUGCACAAAGUACAUUUGCAUCAACAACCAGCUCGUCUUGUUCAACAAAUCUCAGAGCUGCCAAUCCACCUCCGACCGUCCGAACUGCGGCCUGCUUGGCUUUGCCAUCCUGGUCAAUGGAGACAAGUGCUGCCCAAAGUGGGACUGUCCAUGUCGCUGCUCGAUGUUUCCGGAUCUGAAUGUGAUCACAUUUGAUGGGAACAGCGUUGCCAUCUACAAGGCCGCCUCAUACAUAGUGACCCAGCUGCCCAAUGAGACUGUCAGUGUCCUGGUUCAGGAGUGUCCCGCCGACUCAGAGUCACCACUCCUCUGGAAUUUCACCAACCUGUGUUUGGUGGCAAUCAACAUCACGCACAAGUCAGACCAGAUCAUCAUCAACAGGCUGCAGAGGAGGCUUUACGUCAACUCGCGGUACGCUAAGCCUCGAUUCAAAAAGUUUGGAUAUGAGAUCUACGACACAGGCAACAUGUACCUGAUCCGCAGCCCGGCUGGUCUCAAGCUGCAGUGGUACCACAGCACCGGCAUGAUGGUGAUCGACAGUGGCAGCUCCCACAACAAGCUUCACACCAUGGGCCUCUGUGGUUUCUGUGAUGGAGACCCCACAAACGACCUGACGCUGGCCGACGGCACCACAGCCGCCCCGGGUGAAGAUCCGGCUGUUUUCAUCGACAGCUGGCAGGUUCCCAACACCACCAGCUACGUCAGCCACAGCCGCCGCCGCGAGCUCAACUGCUCCACCAGCGACUGCUCCGUCUGCCUGCUCAUGCUGCAGAACGCCGCCUUCUCCCCCUGCCACGCCUUCGUCCCGCCAAGCACCUUCUGUGAGGUUUGGGUACGAGAUGCAGAGUACGUCAACAACCAGUGUGUGGCGCUGGCUGCCUACGCCACUUCUUGCCACAAAUUCAACAUCUGCAUUGAGUGGAGGAGUCCAGAUCACUGCCCCUUCGUGUGUCCUGACAGUCUCCGGUACCAGGCGUGUCUGCCGGCCUGCACGUCUCAGUCCUGCCCCAACAACGACUUUGACUCGGACCCGGACCAGUGUUCAGGCGUGACCGAGGGCUGUGUGUGCCCCGAGGGAACGCUCCUCCACCGACCCUACUCCGCCCUGUGCAUCUCACCUGAGAAGUGUGCCUGCACCGACAGCUCCGGCGCUCCUCGUGCCCACGGCGAGGUGUGGAAAGCCUCGAAGGACGCCUGCUGCAUGUACCGCUGCGACAACGACACCAUCGUUCCCGUGGAGUAUAACUGCUCCAGCCUGGCGGCGCCGGCGUGCCAUCGAACCGGGGAGGUGAUCAUCAGCCUGGCCGACGACACCAGCUGCUGCCCGCAGAAAGUCUGUGUGUGUAACCAGAGCCUGUGUGACCUGCUCCCUCCUGGGUGUAAGUACGGUGAGAAGCUGGUGUCGUACUACAGACAGGACUCCUGCUGUCCCGACUUUGUGUGCGAGUGUGAUCCGGAGCUCUGUGAGUCGGACGUCCCCCCCUGCAGAGACGACCAGGCUGUGAUCGCCACCCGAGCCGACGGCAGCUGCUGCCUGGCUCACAUCUGCGUGUGUUCUUCCUGUCCGGAGACCCCCCCUCUCUGCCAGGCCGGCGAGGUGCUGACGGUGGACGCCAACACCACGGACCGCUGCUGCCCCGCCUACCAGUGUGUGUGUGAGCCCUACAGGUGUCCUCUGCUUACUUGUCCCGUUGGGAUGUCGGUGGUGUCCGUGUCCAGUCCAGCUCGCUGCUGUCCAAACCAAACAUGCGAGUGUUCCUGUGAGAAGAUCGCCUCCCCAAAAUGUGGCCUGGGAGAGGCCGCCCAGCUGGACCGGGCCUACAUGUCCGACCCACAGAACCAGUGCGCCUGCAAGAGAUACAAGUGUGUGCGCGAGCCGGUGUGUGUUUUAGGUGAGCGCGGCGUGCUGCGGCCGGGUCAGACUCUGGUGGAGCACCAUGACGACGGCGUGUGUCACAGCAGGCAGUGCAGCCGCAGCCUGGACCCGGCCAGCGGCUUCCACCUGCUGCGCUCCAGCCGCGUCAACUGCUCCGCCCACUGCCAACCGAACCAGAUCUACAUCCCCCCGAAGGACCAGACAACAUGCUGCGGUGUUUGUAAAAAUAUUUCCUGUCUCUACGAACACGAGAACGGGACAACGGUUCUCUACAAGCCGGGGAAGUCCUGGGUGUCAAACUGCGUGAAGUUCGACUGCGCAGACACUCUGUCCGGACCCACGCUCAUCACCUACUCCUACAGCUGCCCCCCGUUCAACGAGACAGAGUGUAUGAAGGUUGGUGGAACUGUCGUAAGUUACAUGGACGGAUGCUGCAAGACAUGCAAAGAAGACGGGAAGUCGUGUCAGAAAGUGACGGUGCGGAUGACGAUCAGGAAGAACGACUGUCGUAGCAACAGGCCGGUGAACAUCGUGUCAUGUGACGGGAAGUGUCCGUCCGCGAGCAUCUACAACUACAACAUCAACACGUAUGCACGCUUCUGCAAGUGCUGCAGGGAGACGGGGCUGCAGCGGCGCUCCGUGCAGCUCUACUGCAGCAGCAACGCCACCUGGGUCAGCUACACCAUCCAGGAGCCCACCGACUGCUCCUGCCAGUGGUCCUAAACACACACACACACACACACACACACACACUCACACACACACACACACACACACACACACACACACACACACACACACACACACACACACACACACACACAGGGUGCUUACAUCUACAUCUUCUGAAAACCACAAAACAAAGAACAAAAGGAAGAAGAAGAAACCUCAGCCACGUUGCUUUAGGAUGUUGUGAGAGUGGAAUACUGUGCUGUGAUUGGCUGGACUGCAUGACUGAUUCUCUUGCUCUUCCAAUUGGUUUUUGUGGUGCCUCUGCUGGCAGGGAGGUGGUAAUGCAGGGCACUGAAGGUUCAGGUAAAUUAAACAUGAUGGGAAACUAUUAUGGCACAGAGAUAUAAGAACAUCAACGUUUUC